AUGAAUCGCAUGGCUAAAUGCCGCCUUCUGCUCUUCCUCCUCUUGGCUCUUCUCUUGCCCGAGGCGCGUGCGGCUUCGUGCCACCCUGACGACCUCCGCGCGCUGCAGGGCUUCGCCGGGAACCUUAGUAGGGGUGGAGUCCUCCUCCGCGCCGCAUGGUCCGGCACCAUGUGUUGUGGGUGGGAUGGCGUGGGCUGUGACGGUGCCACCGGCCGUGUCACGGCGUUGCGCCUCCCUGGGCGCGGCCUUGUGGGGCCCAUCCCAGGAGCCUCCCUCGCGGGCCUUGCACGGCUGGAGGAGCUUGACCUCGGCUACAACGGCUUGCACAACAUCUCAGGGGCAAUCACCGUGUUGCGUGGGUGCCAGAACCUCACCACGCUGAUCCUCACUAGGAAUUUCGGCGGGGAGGAGCUACUCGGCGAUACAUUGGUUGGCGAGGUACCCAAGAGUUCUAAGGGCCUCAACACUACUAGAUGUUCACCGGACAAUGAUCUCACUAACAUGUCAUUGUAUCUGAAACGUAGCGGAAGAAGUAGACAUCGCCGACAACAUAAGCAUGCCCCAAAUGUCAUAGCUGGGACCAACAACAUUGUUAGAUCUGGUAGCAACAACGUUCUGGCUAGGAAUGACAACACUAUAAUAUUUGGGAAUGACAACGCCGUAUCUGGGAGCUACCAGGUCGUAUAUGGAAAUAACCAUGUCGUAACUGGGGAUAAUCAUGUCGUAUCUGGGAGCAACCAUGCCGCAUCUGGGAGCUACCAUGUCGUGAUUGGGAAACACAAUAUUGUAUCCGGGACUCACAAUGACGUAGGUGGGAGCAAAAAUAUCGUAUCUGGUAGUAAAAAUGUUGUAUCUGGGAGCCAUAAUACCGUAUCCGGGAAGAACCAUUUCGUAUCUGGGCACAACAAAGUCAUAACCUGA